AUGGCUGACUCCGAUGACGAGCGAAGAAAGGUAAACUGUGUUGGAUUUGCAGGUUUUUAAUCUCUUUUUAAAGUCUUAGAAGCACUUUUUACUGGCUUCAGUUAUUUUUAUGUCGUUUUGAAGCACUUUAAUUAAGAAACGGUGCUCUGAACGUUCAAUAAUGUUGUGCUAUGUUCCACAAUUUUUUUGCGAGGUAUCGGGUUUCGUUGUCCUUGGAUACAAGGAAAUUAUUGUCGCAUAUACACUCCUUUUGCAGUCCAUUUCAUAUUUUGAAGUAUAAGUGUAGUAAGUUAACACCUUCUGAGUGAAGGAAAGGUACCAUCUUAAAAAAAAUCGAUAAUUUUUCUUCCUUUGCAAAAAUACCAACGUGAAGUACAUGUUAAUUUACUAGAUCACGUUGGCGCUUUUGCGGUAAUUCAAAAUUUACAGAACAGGUGCAUUGAAUAACGUGCUUAUGCUUUCUCGUUUGCACCGAAUUCUGGAACAAAAGUCUAAGAUUGCCCGGUAGAAAUGAGAUAGACCGAGUAGGGACAAAAAAUUUAACGAAAAGUGAUAUGAGAACUUCCCAUUUUUACAAAUCAAUUCCUUCUGUGAAAACACAUUUACGUAAUUUACAGGUUUUUAAUCAGUACCUUUGUGAUUUUCUCUGUUGUGAAGAAAGGUUUCAGGUAGAAAAAAUGAAUUGCAAGACUGUCCUGUUGUUAACAUUGCUGUGUACUUAAAAGUGAAAUUUAUGGAAAUGUGCCAAUUAAACAGUUGUAAAAUCAGCAUGACCCUGUCCCAUGUUUAUGACCAACUUGCCUGACCAACUGUUCAAUGUGAGCAACAAACACACACAGAGUUGUUUUAAAGUGGCCAGAUUAGCUGGCCACUGAAAUAUUCCCCAACAAAUCCUGCUAUGACAGUCCACAGUCACGAACACUGGAUCAGUUCUGCUACCACAGUAGCACUUGUAAUCAUCACUUGUCUAAUUCACAAUCAGAGACUGCAUUGUAGUAGCAGGUGAUUUCAAAACUUAAAAAGUAACUUAACCCAAAGACGGGACCGCGGACCAGGGUUUUUCGGUAAAGCACCUAAGUUGCUCGGUAUUCUGAAGUUGCUUCUUUAUUAUACUACAUUGAGUGAUGAAAUUUUUCUUUCUAGCUUGUUGUUAACCAACCCUAUGAUGAAGCUCUUGAAGUAAAUGACGAAGAGGACGUUGCCAGCACAUUUACCCCUAGUCCAAGACCUCCUGGACCUAAAACUGUUGGAGGUUACAAUCCAGGUAGAAGGAUGGUGUACUUGUAGGAUGUUGCUUUGCUGUUAAAAGAACUUUGCUUACUGAUACUUUGUCCUGACCUUUUUCUUGUUAACUUUUUUGGAUUUUUUAGUUUAUAAUAUGAUUGCUUGCAUUAAAUAUUAUCAUUUUUUUUAAUGUGUGGCACCUGUAUAAGUACAUAAUUUUGAUUAAAAAUUUUUGCGUGUUUAUAGCGAUUGGAUCCAUCUCCAUGAAUGACCAAAGUGACGAUGAGUUUGAUCAUGAUGACUUAGUUGAAAGCAAGGUUAGUAUAAUCUGGCGUUAGGGUAAAAAUCCCAUGCUGCCUCAUUCCAUUUUUCCUGUAUCCCUGGACUGUGGUACAUGUGGGAUACUAUUCAGCUUUAUUUCAGCCUCUUGUUGUCCGCAUGGGGUAAAGUACUAAAUUAUGUUGAAUCUUGAGAAGUACCGGUAGUAAAUUUUGUUUUUCUGUACAUGAGCCUUAGGCUUUCCUAAAACUCUAGCAAGCGUGACUCGUAUGAACACUUUACAAACCUGUCCGUCAGUACGAGACAUGAACAUAAUGUUUAUUCUAUGUAUUCACACAUUAUCUUCCUUUACACUUGUAUCUGUAGGAUGCCCCUGGAGGUUAUGCCCGGCCACAAGAACCAGGGGGCAAAGAACGACCUGGGAGACCAACCGGCCAAGAAGUGCUGAGCAAACAAACAAAUGAUGAUGAUGACGAUGAUGAAGGAGAUGAUCAGAGUGACAGCACGGAGGAUGACGAUGAUGAUGAAGAUACCCAUGGAACUGCUCUAGAGGGGUACAGCAUUUUUUAAUGAAUCAAUCUACCACCAUUUUAUGAUCUUUAUUAGAUACAAGCUCCUGUUAGCAGACACCCAGGCAGAUACCUUCCCAUUUGUUCACAAAGACACAAAGCCCUACACAAUCUCUACCUCUAGUUAAUUGACACCUCUGUAACACAGACACCUAACACUUUACCGUUAUUACAGGAAGGAUUGAUUGUGUGGUUAAUUGCAACCAGUCCAGGUUUCUAUACGUUAAAUGCAUUGUUUUAUUCUCUCAGGGCCUAUGAUCCAGCUGAUUAUGAACACCUUCACGUCAGCCAAGAAAUUAAAGAGCUUUUCCAGUACAUUACGAGGUACGUAGUUAUUAAUUUUGCUGUUCAAGUGAUUUCUGUGGAGAUGAUAAUAAUAUUUGCAUCAUCUUUGUUCUUGUAUAACUCCUAAGGUAUACACCUCAAUCAAUUGAUUUGGAGCACAAGUUAAAGCCAUUUAAUCCAGAUUUUAUUCCUGCAGUUGGAGAUAUUGAUGCAUUCUUGAAGGUAUUAGUUUUUUUCAUAUGGUAGAAUUGAAGAGGUUAAAAUCUAAUUUUUUUAGUGUUUACAUACAUGUAGUACAUUAGAAAGAUAUUAUCAUUAUUAUUAAUUAUUAUUAUUAUCACUCAAUGUUUUUUCUCGUUAAUUUUUUUGUAUAGCUCUUUGAACUGAAUCUGUGAAUCAGCUCACUUACCAUGUUUCAGCUAAUUUUCGUGGGGACAUUGAUUGACCAGUUAUUAUUUUGUUAUCAAUGCCUAACCUUCAUUCAUCAGUUGAUACAAGAUCCCAUUUGGAAAAUACCACACUCAGAAACCCUACAUUGAAUUUUCCCACAAAAAUGAUAUACCAAUACUGUAUCCUCCAUCUUAACAUCAGCACUGCACUGAUGAGGCCCAGAAGACCAAAACAGUACUGUCUGUAGUUAGUUAUAUUAUAUAAAGUAUAUAUCUAAUGAUGGUGUUUUGUUCACUUUGUCAGGUAACUCGUCCAGAUGGUAAACCUGAGACGUUAGGUUUGGUUGUACUGGAUGAACCCAUUGCAAAGCAAUCAGAUCCCACAGGUACUGUGAGAAAGCAGAAAGCUAUUCAUGCAUAAUUGAAAACGUUUCUUUUUGAAAAGGUAUAUGACAUUUAGUUUCGUCAUAUUUGAUUUUGUUGUUGAUUUUGAUUUUGUUUUGUUUUUGUUUUUGUUUUUUUGUUUGUUUUUUGUUUUUUUCUUUCCUUUUUAAGAUGUGUACAGUAGGGUUAUAUGUGAGCUUGUACUUAAUGAUAUUCUUAUGUCCUUUUUUACAUUGUACAGCGCUUAGAACAGCGAUGUAUAAGCGCUAUAUAAAUUCCAUUAUUAUUAUUAUUAUUAUUAUUAUUAUUAUUAUUAUUAUAAUUAUAAUUAUUUCACAAUGACGUUACUUACAAAGCAAACUCAAAACCUAUUGGCAUUAUCUCAACUCACUUGAAGCACUCACUCUUGAAAAAUUUUCACUGAUUUCUGGGGUGCAAUGAAAGUCAGUUGUAGCAUAUAACAGCCCAAAAAAGAAAUUUAAUUCUGACAGGCAGUAUUGAGAAUUCAUUAAUUCCUAUUUGUCAGUUAUUUUAUUGCCAGCUUUUCAUUCGUUGUAAUAAUGGCUGUAAUAACUUUACUUCAUCUGAUCAGCUUGAAAAACAGCUUUGAACCACAUGAAUUUAUUAUGAAUUUAAACAAUUUGUAGUAUUUUACUUAAUCUGCAAUUUGAUUUUCCAUAGCCUAGUCACAAAAUCCAAUAAGUAGCCCAAGGCUAUCAGACACACACAGUGUCACCUCACGUGCAGGCAUUUUAUCCCCUCGUGUGAGGAAGAGGGAAAUACAACUCUACACAUGGUGCCUUGGACUGCAGAAUGUGCAGUUGUUUAUUGUAAUAACUAGAAAGUGUAGUCCUUUUUUUGCAUUUUAAAAGUGUUUACUCUUAACUGUAUAUAAUACCUCUUUUCUUUCAGUUCUGGAUCUGACGAUCAGAACCAUCUCAAAGCAGACCAAUGUGAAAGCUAUGGUAUGAAAAUUAAUAUUAAAUAACUAUAUUAUUGAGUGAUUUUUUAAAAGGAAUUAAGUUAUUGAACUCAUGAAAACAAUUUCUUGAUUUCAUUAUCAUAUAAUGUACAAAAUGUAUCUGCUCACAUUAUAGACAGUACGCAGCAUUGAAGACCCAGAAAAGAACCCUAAAGCUGUGGAUAACUGGAUUGACAGUAUCAGGUGUGAUCAUAAUUAUAUGUAAAUUAUACUAAUCUAUCCCAUAAAUUGAUUACCAUAUGAAAACAGUAGAGGUCAAUCCUAUUAUAUUAUAUUAUUCUAUGUUAUGUAAUGUUAUGUUAUGUUAUGUUUGUUACGUUAUGUUUGUCAUGUUUGUUAUGUAAUGUUACGUUAUGUUUGUUAUGUUAUGUUCUGUUAUGUUUGUUAUGUAUUAUGUUAUGUUAUGUUAACUUGAAACAGAACCAUGACUCUUUCAGUUAUUCACCCAUUCUAAUAGUUUCGUGAGUCUUCUCUUCUGAAGUGAAGCGAGCACACUUUUGUUCUUUUAACUCCAUGAUAGUAACAUGCCUCCAUUCGCCACGCCGAAUAGCUUGAAUCUAUUUCUUUCUUCGUAAAGAACCUUGUCAAAGCAAAGAUAAUCAACUUUCGUCUCUGCUGGAGUUAAAUCUCCUCUUUGAUGGCUCUUAAGCACGUAACAACUCGAAGGAAACCAUAUUGAUCAACUGAAUUGCUAAGACGCGCAGUCAAAGCAAAACUAUCGAGACCUCACUAGCCUCGCUUUCGCGCAACUAGACCUGGGCCGACCAAGAGAUCCGCCAUAUUUGCAUUCGGUGUAUGUUAUGUUAUGAUAUUAUUCAUUCAAAAUAUUUCCCCAAUUCUGAUUGGCUAAAAGCACGCAUAAUUCACCAUAACCAGUUUCUGAUGACCAAAUUUGGCAGAAUUUUGUGUUUGACCAGGAAAUGAUGUCAAAAAUGCAGUGUUUGUGCAGGUUAAGGCACCGUUAACCGAGAAGACCUGGCGAUUGAGAAAUGGCGGACGUUUCACUCGUUUCAAGAGUAAGAACUAGGCAAAAAAAUAACUAAAAACAUGGUAAGAACAGCAAGAAGACAACUCGAAGGGCAACAUCUGCUAUUUGGAGAAUAUUUGCGGAGCUGGCAAACCUAAAUGUGCACUAUCGAAGAUGAACUCAACAUCGAUGGAUCGACGGAGUUAAGCAUGUUUUAGCCAUGUUUUUAUCUCAGAGGGUGUUAUCCGCCUCGGCCUCUGGCCUCGACGGAUAACACCCUCCUCGAUCUCCAUAAUUCUUCAUAAGAUACUCAGCCUCAUUCAUUAAUUGUUAAUUAUGUUAUGUUAUGUUAUAUUAUAUUAUUGUAAAUUGUAGUUAAUGAUUAGUAAAUUGUAAAACCUAUAUUUUAAUGAAAUAAUGUACUGCAUGUAAUUACAAAUAAAAAUUAUGAUAUAUUUCACAGGUGACACAUAACCAUUUUAGUUUAUGCACUGUUUAUUAAUUUUUGGAUUGUUUGCAGAGAACUUCAUCGGCAAAAACCUGCUCCUACAGUUCAUUAUCAGAGGUGAGGAGUUUUUAACUAAAAGCAGAGAUUUUGUUUAAGAUUACUUUUAUUUUGCAGUUAAUUUUACAGGACUUGAAUAAAAUAAUACUGGGCUUAAAAGGUCUUUGGGUAAAUGGAACUGUGGGUGGUAUGUGGUGGUUAAAUAUUAACUUCUCUCAGCCUGGGUGAAACAAAUUGCAUUCUUCACAAGCUAGUCUCUAGGACUACCACUGGAUUUCUGCAUUAAAACUUGGCAGCUCAGAUACAUGUGUAUGUACAGGAAUGUGUGUAUAGUCUUGAACAAGUGCAUGCUGACAGAGCACUUCACAUCUGUAGUAUCUUCCAGUAGUCCUAGACUUAAAAAAAAGUCCUUACUCCUAUUUAAUAUCAUGGCCUUGCUUGGCUGCCUCGUGGCCCAAAAAGCUCUUUCCGCUCACUUUGCAGCUUUUCUGCUUCAAAAAUUCUUUUUGUGCUUCGAUCCACUUUAAAAAGUAAGGGAAGAGUAAAUGCAAAUCAAUUUAGCUAAUAACUUCAGCAAGGUUGCUAAAUGAAAUGUAUGCCCAUAAUAGGGCUUUAUAAACAUGGUUUUUUCAUUCUCUUUUAACAGAAACAUGCCAGAUAUUGAAUUUCUUAUGCAGGAGUGGCCAGCAGAAUUUGAAGAACUUUUGAAUCAGGUAGUUACUAGUAGCUUCAUCCUUCAGAGUGAGAUUUCCCUACAAUCUGCCGGCGAAAAUUGACUUUGUGCAGAAGAAACAUGAUCCAAUUCCCAUCCAGGGUUAAAAGCUUUACUGAAGUUCUUUUCAUCUAUAAUAGGUUGGGCUUCCAACAGCUGAUCUGGAUGUCGAGUUAAAUCAGUAUGUUGACUUGGUCUGUGGUAAGUUGUAAUCAUGCAUUUGAGGGGUACUAGGGAUUGGGGCAACCUUAGUCUAGCUAUCACAAAUUAGGAUUCCAAUAUCGAACUACUUAUAUCAUUUACCCAGACCAGGGCCAGUGGAGAAGGGGAAGACUCCCCUAUGUAAUGGCCAGUGCCAUAGGGUAUGUUUUUUAUUUUACUCAUGAAGGUAUCACCUUAAAUUAGUUACAAAUGACAUCAUAUUAUUGGAGUAUGGUCUCUUUUAUAGUUCACAUAAACCUUACCUACACCCAGAUUGGUGACUCUCUUUUAGGGCUUAACUCUAAUGUUAUUUUUGGACAACCAUUCCCAUCAUUUUCAUAGGAGAGUUCCCCCAGAUCUGAACUGGGGUAUAGAUUUUAACUAUUUUAAACUGAAAUAGGGCAAGUCUUAGUGCUCUCUGGAACCACGGUCUGUAAUUCAGUAUAGGUAUUGAAAACAGCAGUUUAGGUCUGAAGUAGGGUAGGGAAAGGCAGAUACGUUGGUCUGAAAUGGGGUAAAGGUUUCAUCGAGUAUUCCCACCUCAAAGGUGGCAUGGGUGGCUAAAAACAUCUAACUCUUAGCACGUGUUGGUGAUAUGACAAACUUGAAUCAACUGUCCAAGUAAAAUAAUAAAACAUUAAGUCAACAUUAUUAAAUAGACAAAUAAAUUAGCAAGGCAAUGUCAUUCAUUUUAAGAAACAUCAAGACUAACAUCUCAUAUGAAUUAUUUCAGAUAAGAAGCCAGUGGACAAAGAUUAAUGUUCAACUGAAUUGUUUCUCAUUUGAAUUCUUUUUGACAGGUAUCCUCGACAUCCCUGUACAUAGCAACAGAAUCCAUGCACUUCAUGUGCUGUUCACACUAUUCUCAGAAUUCAAGAACUCACAGGUAUCAUAAUAAUCCGUAAAUUUCAAUGACAGUCAAGCCUUACUUUUCUAUGACUUCAGAUUCACGUUUAUUUAUUUUUUUGUAUCUUUUUUCCCUUCACCAGCAUUUUAAUCAACUUGCCAAAGACAACCAACUGUCAAAUGACCUGCAACUGGAUGGUGGCAACGACGAUCUGAAUAUUGGAGGUGUGGCAGCUGCUACAGAGCACAUGACUCUUAGUGGUGGAGAGGCACAGACAAUGAGCUUUGAUGACUAA